AUGGGCGAUGUGCCGCAAUUCGUUCUGUUCGAGCAUGCCGAUGGUUACUAUCUUUUUCGGGUGCGCGAAUUCGAGAAUAUUGGAUUGGCCCUCACCGAAGUUCAAAAGGCAGUUAUUGAUGUUCAGCGGUUCUGCUCGGCUGUGAAAAUGGAAGCGUUCCAUCCGUUUCAAAAUACCGAAGUUGCGCUUGAGAGUAUGACCAAGAUUAAUGAAGGUGGUUUGGAGGGGUAUUCCUAUCACUUUCCGGAGCUUUACAGAAUUGUUCCCGAGCAAUUUAAUUACGUGAAAUGUGCCUCGUUGAUAAUGAAUCGAAGUAAUCUGGAUGAGGCUGUUAUUGAAAGUCUAAAAGGGAUUCUGGAUGACGAAGAAAAAGUAGCGGAAGUGGAGGAAGCCGCUCGAAAAUCGAUGGGCAUGGAUAUUGCCGAAAUCGACUUGCAUAACAUCAACCAUUUCACAAGACGCAUCAAUGCACUGCUCGCUUAUCGUGUUGAGCUCCAGAACUAUAUCAAAGAACGUAUGCAUUCCUGUGCUCCAUCACUGUCGGAGCUGAUAGGCGAGCAGGUUGGCGCUCGUCUAAUUUCGCAUGCCGGUAGUCUAUCGAAUUUGGCCAAGUGUCCAGCAUCAACAGUUCAGAUUCUUGGCGCUGAGAAGGCUCUCUUUCCUAACACUCCAAAAUAUGGCCUUCUGUUUCACUCGUCAUAUAUUGGACGAGCAGCAGCCAAGGAUAAGGGUCGCAUAUCACGUUUUCUGGCAAACAAGUGCGCGGUAGCAUCGAGGGUUGAUUGCUUCGCGGACGUACCGGUGGCUGCAUUUGGUAAACAUCUUAAGCAGCAACUGGAAGAUCGGUUAAUGUUUUUGCAAAAUGGAACAGUUCCAAGAAAGAAUAUUGAAGUGAUGCACGACGCACUUGCGGAUGCCGAAAGAGAAAAGAUAGUGAUUUUGAAAAAGCGGAAGAAGGAAGCGAAAAAAGCGAAGAAGCGAGCAGCGGAACAGCAGUCGGGGUUGGAAGCUAAUGAGAACUUGAAUAAAACGACAGAAACGAACAAAGAUGUGGAGGGAGGCAAAUCAGCGGUUGAAAUUCCAAAAAAGCUGGAAGAUCGGUUAAUGUUUUUGCAAAAUGGAACAGUUCCAAGAAAGAAUAUUGAAGUGAUGCACGACGCACUUGCGGAUGCCGAAAGAGAAAAGAUAGUGAAGGAAGCGAAAAAAGCGAAGAAGCGAGCAGCGGAACAGCAGUCGGGCUUGGAAGCUAAUGAGAACUUGAAUAAAACGACAGAAACGAACAAAGAUGUGGAGGGAGGCAAAUCAGCGGUUGAAAUUCCAAAAAAGAACGCUGAAGAAAGUUCGAAAAAGAAAAAGAAGAAAAAGAAGCAUAAAGAGGAAGAGGCGGCAGACAGUUUCGUUGCUGAUAAUGAAGAACUGGUCGCACCUGUCAGUGGCGAGGAGGAUAAGCCGAAAAAGAAGAAAAGGAAACAUUCGCUUAACUAA